AUGUCAGACUCCACAGCCAACAACAACCAAGCCGAAUCGGGUCAUAGACGAGUUCAAUUCAGUCCUGAGAUCAUUGCACAAUUCGGAUAUCAACCUCCAGACCUCGAAAACAAUGCCGAUCUCGCAGAGACCAUUGCCGAACUCAUCUCUCGAAACACCAAGCAAUGCUACUACUGUACUCUCGAUUUAUCUGAAAUGCGUGGACGCUCGCGACGAGGUCAUGUCAAGUCAUGCGAGAAGCGAUUCCAAACCUCCCAUGGAGACUCACACCCUCAAUUCCGUCGCACAGCACCCACAAAGCGAUCCAAGAAUGGACAAUUCAAGAAAGAGGAUGGGGUGUGA